UCCUCCUCCCCCUGCCUGCUCCCAGGAGGGGAUUUAACAGGACAAAAGAAUGCCGUCCUCGGGGAAUACGAGCCCUUGGCCCCAGUCCCUGGACCCUCCGACAGAACACCUUCCCUCAUCCGGCUUGUGAUCCUCCCUGAGCAAGGGGGCUCUGGCGACCGUGUGGUGAUUGGAGGGGCCCGCAGGGGCGGGGAGGAGGUCACUCCUCCAAGACUGGGGGGUGGAAUGGGAAAGUAGGCAGUUGACAGAAGAGAGCAGCAUCCCAGUGGAGAGAAGGGCCAGGCAGAGAAAAGUAGAGUCAGAAACAGAGCAACAGGUGAGGCCGAGACAGGAGAAUGAGAUGACACUCAAGCCAAGGAAGGGAGAAUUAGGAAACAAUUAGAAAAAAGGUAAAGACAGUGAAAAGUCAGAGAUAGCUACCUGCACCUACACACAUUCAGAAAGAGACCCAGAGAGUGGCACUCACAGGGGGAGAAGGGGAGAGAACAGGUGUGGAGAGGAGCUGCGGAAGCAGAGAAAUCUUGAGUCAGAGAUUCAGGGACACUUGGUCCCCGUGGCGAGCCAUGGAAGCAGAAAGGAGGCGCCAGGCUGAGAAGCCAAAGAAGGGACGAGUCGGCAGCAGCCUCUUGCCAGAGAGAUACCCGGCCGCUGGGACCCUGACCACCAUGGUGGACUCGAGUGCUCCACCCUGCAGGAGGCUCCCUGGUGCAGGAGUCGGGAGACCAAGGUUCUCCCCGCAAGGAGGACAGAGGGGCCGCCCGCACUCCCGGCGCCGCCAUCGCACCACCUUCAGUCCAGUGCAGUUGGAACAGCUGGAGUCAGCCUUUGGGAGGAACCAGUACCCAGACAUCUGGGCCCGGGAGAGUCUUGCCCGGGACACCGGCCUCAGCGAGGCCCGAAUCCAGGUCUGGUUCCAGAACCGCAGAGCUAAGCAACGGAAGCAAGAGCGCUCACUGCUUCAGCCCCUGGCCCAUCUGUCUCCUGCCGCCUUUUCCAGCUUCUUGCCAGAGUCCCCUGCUUGCCCCUACUCCUACGUGCCACCACCACCACCAGUGACCUGCUUCCCUCACCCCUACAGCCACGCCCUCCCCUCCCAGCCCUCCACAGGAGGCACCUUUGCUUUGCCACACCAGUCUGAGGACUGGUACCCUGCCUUGCACCCAACCCCUGCUGGCCAUCUGCCUUGCCCCCCACCCCCUCCCAUGCUCCCCCUCAGCCUUGAGCCAUCCAAGUCCUGGAACUGAGGUCAAACAAGUACCACUAAGGUGACCACCAGCCUGUGGCCCUCGUGACAAAACAAGAAAUUGGGGUGGCUUCCUUUCCUUCUAUGGGUGAAGCAGAAGUAUGGUGAGGGUCGGCUCAGCAAUUGGAAAUUUAAAAGUGGGAGAUCGUGGUGAAUUCUUACUGUGGUGAUGAGUGGAGGAAAUCUGGGGAGGUGAGCUGCUGGAAGAGACAGGCAAAGAGGCCUCCGUGGAGCUGCCUGCUGAAGGGUGAUAUUGAUGGAGACGGUUGCUGGUGAGUGGAGAUGAUUGAAGGUCUCAGACAUGAGGGCCUUCAUUAACUGAGAUCACGAUUGAAGAAGAUCCCAGCUCUUUCUGGCUGAUUUCAGUAAGGCUUCUGAUUUAGAGUCUACCUAUACAUCCCUUCCCCAUUGCCCACCCCGCCAUCCCAAUCAGUCACUCACUUUUGUUUAUUCUGUCCUAGGAUUUUUUUUUUUGAAACGGAGUCACCCAGGCUGGAGUCCAGUGGCGCGAUUCUGGCUCACUGCAAACUCCACCUCCUGGG